AUGACAGUGGACAUCAAGCAUCUCGAUGCUCAUGAGCAGCCCUCAGAUGAGCUCAGAGCCAAGUGGAAGGUCUUUGCGAAAACAGAACCGAAAGACCUACGCAGCGAAGACAUCGAUGAUUUACAAAACCCAGAGAGUGCAGCCGAAUUCUGCCUGGCGGGUACCCUUCCCGUUGACACGCUGAACCGCUCAUUCCGUCAAAUCUGCCCCGACGACGACUCCGAGUUCCAAGCCACCAAGGACGCUCCGAUAUACUAUCAUCCACUCUUACCAGCACCCCCCUUCCCCACCACCACCACCACCUCCUCCUCCUUCUUCACCUACCCCCCCACCAGCCCACCCACCUUCACCCCCAAAGACCCCACCAUCCACAAACCCCUGACCAUCAAACAAGUCCUCGACCGCCGCCUGCACUGGGUGACCCUCGGCGGGCAAUACGACUGGACGAACCGAGUCUACCCCGACGAGGACGGCUCGCCCUCGUCUUCGCCGCCGGCCUUCCCGCGCGACGUGGCCGCCUUCCUCGAGACGCUGUUCCCCGACACGCGAGCCCAGGCCGCCAUCGUGAACUUGUAUACCCCGGGGGAUACGAUGAUGAUGCAUCGUGAUGUGUCGGAGGAGUCGAGUCGCGGGUUGGUUAGUGUGAGUUUGGGCUGUGAGGGGCUGUUUAUGAUCGCGCCGAAUGGGGGGGUGGCAGAGGAGGAGGGGGGUGGUGGUGAGGAGGAGGGGGGUAAGCGGGAGAAGGAGUUUUUGUUGUUGAGGCUGCGAUCGGGGGAUGCGAUAUACAUGACUGAGGAGUCGAGGUUUGCCUGGCAUGGUGUGCCUAAGGUGUUGAAGGGGACGUGUCCGGAGUACUUGGAGGAGUGGGCCCGCGGAGGGGGGCGAGUUUGA